AUGGUCGCUAUUACACUCACGCCCACAAAGGGCAAUGCUGGUGCUCGCUGGUUCCCUCACUCAGGCCACUUGGGUCUUACUCCGGUUAAACUCGACGGCAUCGUCCGCAUUCGCUUGGAAGAAGAUGGCAAGCCUGCAACUGCGUCUGCUGUUACUAUAUCGCUGCGUUGUUACGAGGCUCGACACGGUCGUGUAGGCGUACUCAAGACGAAUAUCCUCAUGGAGCAUACCCAGACCCUGUGGUCUCCGACUGGUGCUGAAUUUGGACCACUCGGUGAACUUGAUCUGCCAUUCCGUCUUGCCAUCCCUGUCAAUACCCCUGGCAGCAGCAACUUUCAUCUGCAGGAGUACCGAGUAUAUUGGAGACUGGAAGCUGCAAUCCACACUCAACACAUCCCAGGAAUAGGCAACCGUCAAGUCAAAUGCUUUGAUGUCAAUCUCAUGCGUUACAACAAGCCCUCCACAUCCCAGCGCCCCGUCGCUCAUUCGUCACUACAGCCCCCCGAACAAUUUGUCCAAUCCGAAUUUCAGUUUCCCCGGCGCCCGGUAGCACCUCUCGAUCCCAUCCCAGUUUCCGUCCGCAUACAACCUCGUCCUGGCGUGUCCCUCCAACGUGUUACAUUUGCCUUGGAGCGCCACAUUGACUUCAUCGAAUCUACCCCCGCGUCAUCCACUUCCCAGCUUGCAUCACCAUCUGGCACACUUGCCCGAUCCAUCUCGCGCGAGUCUUCUCCAGCACCUGAACCCUUCUCUUCUACUGUUGCCCUCCUCCCCUCCCUUCACGACCAAUCUCGAUCUAGCCCAUCCCGCAAGCGCUCCUCUUCGCCAAUCUCCCACUCAGCAAAGUCGGUCGAGGCUGUGCUCAAUACGGUUGAAGCCAUCGAUGUAUCCAAAUCAGACAGCGAAAAGGCUUCUUCACGUACACUCAGCGCUAUGCUCCAAGUUCCCUUGCCCAAGUCGGGUGCACACUGGGGUACAGGUGAAACGAUGCAGGGUAGCCUUGCCAGAGUUCGAUUCUUUGUUACCGCAAAGGCUCAAUUAGCAACCGGCGGCAACCUAGUCAUGGUUGAUUUGCAUCAGGAGGAAAUUGUAGUUAUCACCGUAGACGACGCUGAACGACAGCGAGUCCAUUCCAAAUAUAGUAUGAAACGGCCCGCCACUUCUCCUUCAACUGAGAACCAACAAGAAUCCAGACGACCUGUUCCACAUCUUCCAUCUCCUCCACCCAGCCCUAAUAACCUUGCCGUCCCGACUGCCCGGUUCGGUAAAGCCGGUAAAAGGCCGCAUACAUCCUCCGGCACACGCGACUCGAGCCAACGUCGCGCCUUACCACUGCGCCCACGCUCACGAGGCAAUGAAGUCACCGCACCAGUGCCCACGGUUUUCGAGCCCGAACAAUUUCGCGCCUGGGAACGUGAACUCGACCGGAUCGCGCCCACAUCCCAGCAACGCCCACGUUCGAGCUCUGCGCUAAGAAUAUUUGCAUCGAAGAAGCAGCGCUCACCCGAACCUCCAAGUCGGGAAGACUUUUUAGUUGGUGUCGCCAGAACGGUGGCGGUUCCUUCCGUGCGCACAGCCGAAGUGCUCGAGUGGGAGGCCGAAGUUGAGAGGUUCAGCUCGGCUUCUGCCAGGGAAGCUGUACUCAACGGGCGACAUGUCCGCACGCCAUUGAGCGUCUGA